AUGGUCGAUGACACAGUCAUCUCCCUCCUCACCUCUCUCAUCCAAACCACCAGUACCAGCGAACACGAACAGGAAAUCGCCCGCUUCCUAGACACCCACCUCACCAACCUCGGCUACACGGUCGAACGACUCCCCAUCGCCAAAGACUCCACGAGAGAAAAUGUUUACGCCUACCUAGGCACCCAGCGCAAAACUCGAGUAUGUCUCACAUCCCACAUGGACACCGUCCCGCCCUACAUCCCCCUACGAAUAGAAGGGUCGACGAUCUACGGACGGGGCGCAUGCGACGAUAAAGGCCCCAUGGCGGCGCAAAUCUGUGCGCUAGAACAAUUGCGAGCAGAAGGGGUAGCCAACGAGGGCGACGUGGGGCUCCUCUUCGUAGUCGGAGAGGAGAAGGGUGGCCCCGGGAUGCUUGCGGCGAAUAACCAGGAGCUGAGCUUCGAGGGCGUGAUAUUCGCGGAACCGACCGAGGGGAAAUUGGUGACAGGCCAUAAGGGGCAUUUGGUGUUUGAGGUGAUUGGGGAGGGCAAGGCUUGCCAUUCCGGGUAUCCCCAGCGUGGCGUUAAUGCUAACAUCGCACUUGUCGAGGCGCUCAAUGACCUCACGAAGACAGAACUCCCCAGCUCGUCGCUCCUUGGCCCGUCGACGUUUAAUAUUGGGAAGAUUGAGGGUGGGGUGAGCUAUAAUGUGGUUCCGGAGAUAAGUAAAGCGCUCUGUGCCGUGCGGGUCGCGACAGAUAUGGAUGGUAUCAAGAAGAUUGUGUCCGGUACGGUUGGCAGGCAUACGAAUGUUCGCCUGGAGUUUAAGUUUGAAUACCCUGAGACUCUGCUGGAUCAUGACGUUGAAGGAUUUGAGACCGCGCCUGUCUCUUAUGGGACAGAUGUUCCUCGGUUGAAAGGAGACCAUAAGAAAUAUCUUUAUGGGCCAGGGUCUAUUCUGGUGGCCCAUGGUGAUAAUGAGCAGAUUGAGAUUAGUGAACUCGUCGAGGGUGUACGUGCGUACAAGAAACUAGUAAAACACCUGUUGAAGUUUAGCACGUAA